AUGGAGAAUACGGGAACAAAAAAGGUUGAAGGCAUAGUUGUGGAGUAUCUUGACCUUCGAAGUCGAGAUCCAAAGGACAUUGGCCUAAAAGAAUUGAAGUUGAGGCCUAAAGCUUUUGCAAAGAUGUUGAACUUGAGAAUUCUCAAAAUUUGUUGUAUGUACCUCUCAACAGACCUCAAAUAUCUUUCUAACAAGCUCAGGUAUCUUGAUUGGUGCGAAUACCCUAUGAAAUACAUGCCUUCAACAUUUCAACCAGAGCGUCUUGUUGAACUUCGCUUAACAUAUAGCAGCAUUGAACAACUUUGGAAGGGAACAAUGUCACUCGACAUAUCUAGCCAAGUGCCCAGACUUCACGAGGAUCCCAAAUCUGAAAGACUGAUUCUUGAAGGCUGUACAGGUUUGGUUAAUCUUGAUCCAUCCAUAGAAAUUCUCAAGAAUCUUAUUUUCUUGAAUUUGAAGGACUGCAAAAAUCUCAUGAGUCUUCCAAGUGGCAUUCAAUUGGAAUCUCUUGAAGUUCUUAAUGUCUCUGGGUGCUCAAAGCUUAAAAACAUUUCAGUUAACUUUGGAUAUAUGAAAUGUUUAUCAGAGCUUUAUUUAGAUGGGAUUGGUGUAAGUGAACUUCCACUUUCAAUUGGACAUCUUACCAAUCUUGUUUUGUUGAGUUUGAGCAAUUGUAAAAACUUGAGAAGUAUUCCAGACAACAUUUGUCAGUUGAAAGCUCUUACAAGUCUAAAUCUCUUUGGGUGCUCCAAACUUGAGAAACUGCUGCAAGACGUGGGUGUUCUGGACUGUUUAAAGGAUUCAUGUAGUUACUCCCUCUUGCCUUCAAUUUUACAAAGACAGAGAGAGAGUCACACAACUUUGGAACUAGAAGCUUUGUUGAGGUGGGGGUCUUUGAAACACCUAUUCCUCGAUGAUUGUAAUUUAAAAGCUAUCCCCACAACUAUUUGCCACAUCUACUCGUUGCGAAGUUUAGAUCUAAGUAGAAACAAUAUUGAAAGUUUACCUGCGAGCAUGAAUGAACUUUCUAAUCUGUGGUUCUUGUAUUUGAAUGGUUGCAAGAGGCUUCAAGAACUGCCAGAGCUUUCAUCAUAUAUACAUUUUAUAGAUGCUAAUGAUUGUACAUCAUUAGGAACAAUAUUGAGUCUGUCCAAAUACGAUCAUGUUGCAGAGUUUUCCUUCAUGAAUUGCUUCAAACUUGUUGAGCAAAACAACAUCCUAGAUACUUUGAAUACGCUGAAUUUAUUUUCCCCGGGAGUGAGAUUCCAGAGUGGUUCAGUCAUCAAAGUAGGGGGUGUUCAGUAUCGUUUGUUUUGCCUCCACAUUGGUAUAAUGACAGGUUCUUGGGAUUUGUUUUCGCUGUUGUUGGAAUCAAGAAUAAAUCUAAGUGCUGCAAGUGUUAUUAUUCUAUUGUAA